AUGGAAGCCCUCUUUUCAAUUCCGAUGCUAUCACUAUUCCUCGUUCCUGUCUUGUCCUCUUACAGCACCAGUCUCAACAUAAUCUUCUUCUACAUGACAUGGACGACUCUGGUGUUGUCGCAUUCCCCACUACGAGUGGAAUUAUUUGGCACAGCCGCCGUGCGCAUACUAUUCUAUGCGUUGCCAUCCGUGAUCUUCUUUCUAUUCGACGUUCUGACUCCAUCAGCGGCGGUUGUUCUCAAGGCGCAAGGCGAAAUUGGACUACCCAGUGGAAGGAAGAAUGGUAGGAUUCGAGCCCGAGAAUUCAAGGUUGCCGGAUGGGCGCUGUUAAAUCUAUGCUUGAGCAUUGCUGGACAGGCAGCCAUCGAGUCGCUGCUUGUGAAGGGCUUGGGCAUGCGCAGUGCGAUCAAGGUGUCGCUGAAGCUUCCUAUGCCCUAUGAAAUGUUCAAGGAUAUGAUCCGGGGCAUGCUGGGACGAGAGGUGAGUUCUCUUUUGUCUGAUUCUUGCUCGCGAUGCGGUCUAUCUCAGUCCGGUUUGCUAACAUUCCUGCUAUCUCAGAUUCUGAGCUAUAUUCUUCAUCGCUAUGUCCUCCACUCGAACAACUCAUACCUCGCCAAAUAUCACCAGACGUGGUACCAUGCGCUGAGGGCCCCAUUUCCCUUGACUGCGCACUAUGAUCACCCGCUCACGUACAUGGUAUCCAGCUUCAUCCCGACAUACCUACCUGCCAUGCUCUUCCGCUUCCAUAUGCUUACUUAUCUCUUGUAUCUAUCUAUUGUCUCCAUAGAGGAGACCUUUGUCUAUUCUGGAUAUACUAUCAUGCCGACCAGUUUCUUUUUGGGUGGCAUUGCCCGCCGCACGGAUCUGCAUCUGUUGCUGCGUGCUGAGGGUAAUUUUGGACCAUGGGGCAUUUUGGACUGGGUUUUUGGAACUACAGUUGGCGACACCGAUGUUGAGGAUGACAUUAUGGGUGAAAUUGAGGAACACGACGUGGAGGAUAAGAUGAGGCGAGCUGUUCAAACUUCGAAGAGGAAGGUUAGAGGUGCCGGGAGAAAGAGAUGA